AUGGGAGACCUGUGGUUGCUCCUACUCUUGCCCCUGUCCUUGGCAGCCUUCCACGGGGUCAAAGCCUGCUUGGAAUGUGACCCCAAAUUCAAAGAGGAUAUUAGGUCCUUGAUAGCAAAGCUGGUACCCCCAGAAGUCCCUGGCCGAACUCAUCUGCUUGAACGGCAGAUUAAGGAGAUGAUCCAUUUAAGCUUCAAGGUCUCCCACGGGGACAAGAUGCUUCGGGUGUUGGCUGUUCAUAAGGCUGUCAAGUUGAGAAUAUGGCUGAAGAAUGAACUUUAUAAACUGGGCAAUGAAACAUGGAAAGGUGCCUUUAUCCUUCAAGGCAAGCUUCUCGAUGUCCGCCAAAACCUGGAAUUGAAACUGAAAGAGAUAUUAAAGAACUUCUCUGAAGUUGUUGUGACUGAAGGUCCUAUCUUGGAUUGUUGGACCUGUCUUCGCAUCACCACCCAAUGCUUCAGAGGAGAGUAUUGUGGAGAAGAGGAUUCAAGGAUGGCUGAGAAUCGAGAGAUUGGACUAUUUCUGAUAUUGCUAACAGAAGUUGUGAUAUUGGGAAGUGCUUGGUUACUAUUCCAUAUCUGUGUGUCUCAUUGGAGGAAAAUGAAGGCAAUACGAAGGUCAUUAAAGAAAUAUUUGGAGAAGAAACUUGAAGAAUUAAUAGGGAUGACAGAUUAG